GCCAGAUUAACCCUAGGGAGUUUUCUUACGCAGUUUUCCGGUCUCGAUACAAGCAACACUACUAGAGCGCAGCCGUCUUUUCAUAAUGGCGGAUGGCGCAAUCGGCACUGAAAAUGGGAAAUGGAUUGAUGCAAGGUCGUUGCCGUUGAUUCAGGCGCAAAACGCGGAGUAGCGGACUGUUAGACAAUCGACUGUUGCUGUUGGUAGUGAGUGAGUCGAGUUGUGCGGUGUUGACGCGAGCGUUUUAAAUUUACCGCAUAUUUGAACAGUUGAAUCAGGAAACAGGAUCAAUAUGAGUACUCCCGUUAAAAAAGUGCCCAUUCAUUUGCAGAGCUCUCAAAACAGGCUAGUUAUCAGACAUGGUAAGAUCGUAAAUGAAGAUGGCGUUUUAGAAGAAGACGUGUACAUUGAAGAUGGAAUAAUUAAACAAAUCGGAAAGAAUCUUAUCAUCCCAGGCGGCACAAGAACUAUCGACGCUCGGGGAAAGUUAGUUUUACCGGGAGGCAUCGAUCCCCACACUCAUUUCGAAUUUGAAUUUAUGGGUGCCAAAUCCGUUGACGACUUUUAUCAGGGUACUAAAGCCGCUGUUUCCGGUGGCACCACCAUGAUAAUUGAUUUUGCAUUUCCAAAACCAGGAGAAUCAAUUUUAGACUGCUUUUACAACUACCGUCAAAAGGCUGAUGAUAAAGUGUGCUGUGACUAUGCUCUCCAUAUGUGUCUACCUCAUUGGUCCGAACAAGUUAAAAGAGAAAUGGAAAUACUUUGUAAAGAACAUGGUAUAAACUCCUUUAAGAUGUUUAUGGCUUACAGUUUUAUGUUGAACGAUGCCGAGCUAUAUAGUGCGUUCGAACAAUGUCAAAAACUAGGUGCUGUAGCGCAAGUGCAUGCGGAAAAUGGUGCCAUCAUUGUCAAAAAUAUUGAACGGCUUUUAUCCAAAGGAAUUGUAGGUCCAGAAGGCCACGAACUUUCAAGGCCCGAAGAAGUAGAAUCGGAAGCUGUUAAUAGAGCAUGUGUUAUUGCGAAACAGGUAAAAUGUCCGCUAUACGUAGUGCAUGUAAUGAGUAAACAGGCAGCACAAGUGCUGAAUUUGGCACGCGAAAAUGGCAACCAAGUGUAUGGUGAAGCGUUGGUAGCUGGUCUUGCCACCGACGGUAACCAAUGCAAGCACCAAUGUUUCCAACACGCUGCUGGUCACGUGCUCAGUCCACCUCUUAGAUCUGAUCCUACCACUCCUUUAGCUUUAAUGAACUUUAUGGCACAGGACGUACUUCAAGUAGUUGGAAGUGAUAAUUGCACCUUUAACAAAGCCCAAAAGGAGCUAGGAAAAGAUAAUUUCACAAAAAUUCCAAAUGGUGUUAACGGAGUUGAAGACAGAAUGUCCGUAGUGUGGGAGAAAGGAGUUCACACAGGUAUUAUUGAUCCAUGCAGGUUUGUAGCCAUAACCAGCACAAAUGCUGCGAAGAUAUUCAAUUUAUAUCCAAGAAAAGGCUAUAUCGGAGUAGGCUCAGAUGCUGAUAUUGUUGUUUGGAAUCCCAAUGCUACAAGAACAAUUUCUGCGAAAACCCAUCAUCAAGCAGUGGACUUCAACAUUUUCGAGGGAAUGGUUUGUCAUGGAGUACCAGAAUAUGUUGUGGUGAAUGGAAGAGUUAUACUCGAUGAAGGCCAAUUGAGAGCCGUCGAAGGCUUUGGCAGGUUCAUUGACACACCAGUCUUCCCGCCAUAUGUUUAUGAUCCUUCCAAGUUAGAAGAAUUAAAGCCCCAGAAUAAUGGAAAUGUAGAGGAGGAAAUACAGAAUAUAAGAGAAAUAGAAAAGCUUCAUUUAGAAGAAAAAACUUGCUUAACCCCCACAUUACCCGAAUCUACAGCGAGCACGCCUUCUGGUAGGGGAGCUAGACCAGAAGGCCAAAGAAAUAUACAAGAUUCAACAUUCUCGAUAAGUGAAGAUCUAGAUACGGACAGAAAGUCUUGUAUUCGAGUAAGAAAUCCCCCCGGCGGAAAAUCAUCUGGAUUUUGGUGAAUUAGGCCGCAGCAAGCUACAACAAUAAUAAACCUAUUUAUUAUUUAUUUAUUUACUCGUUCUUAUGCUUUAAGGCUUAAGAAAAAUACGUACAUCGUAUUUAUAGUGCAUAGUGUGUUAAAUGUUUUGUUUUAAAUUUAAUAUACUUAGAUAUAGUUUGUUUUAUUUACAGGCGCGACAAAGAUAUUAGGUUGAAUGCAAGAAGCACAGCGCAGCGGCCUGAUGACAAAAAUUUGACAUUUCAUGAUAAAUUCAUUUCGUACAUUUGCAUCAUCAAUGUAUCAAAUGUUACAACGUCAAGUUUAAUGGGUUAAGUGUUGGUAACCCGGGAAAAGAUCCUAAAAAUAUUCCCAAAUAUUCUCUGUUGUCAUUUUUCAAACCCAAGAUACACUGAAUGAGCUAGGCUAAACAAAAAUCUCAUGAACUUUGAGUUAUAAUCGAAUUAUGAUCUGCAGACGUUGUAAUAUGCGAAUUUCGUUUUUUCGACUCCAAUUUAACAGCAUUGAUGAAAGAAAAAAAUCGUUCCAGGCGCAGCUGGUUUUGUUUACUUUGGCUCUAUCUUGGUGUUGCACUCUAGGAAAAUUUUGGGUUAGUUAUUUGCUGAAUGCCUGAAAUAAUAUUGACCUAUAUUUAGUAGAUAUAAUUAACUUAAUAAAAUGUUUUUAAUUAUCAUUUUCAUUAUUGUUGUUAAGUUUAUAUUUUAUGCAAUAUACCAAAUUCAAGUUUAAUUUAUGUUACCGUACAAUUAGCAAUAAGUUAAGUAAAUCAAUUUGAUAGAUUAUUCUUAUUCUCGUAUGUAGGUAUAAGUUCUUACAUGAAUAAUGGAUGUUGCAAAGUAAAAUAAUUGAAUCUAUGGAAUUGUUUUUAACAUGUAUAGCAUGCUCUAUUGAUUUUUUUCAUUUAUAUAUUUAUUUAUAAUAACGAUUAGUAAUAGAUUUAAACAAAACUAUCUCAUGGUGAGUUCGGAAAUGACAUCGCAGAUGCGACAGAUUUUUUUUUUACACAAGAUUUUAAAUUCAUUUAAUAAUAUGUUAAACACAGCACAACUGUCAAAAUUAUCCUCUUUAUGGUCUUGGAGCUAUUUUCCGAACUCAGCUAUAGUUGGAGGAAAGAUAUUAUAUUAACAGUAUCGCACAACAAUCUACACUGGUAUAGGAAUUUAAACAAUUACCUAACUUAUUAUUUUCAUCUUUAUAAAAAAAAAGGAAUAUACUUACCUCCACUAUCAAAAUAGCAAUCAGCAAUGGAAGUUAUUGAUUUAAAGUACCUACUUACUAUACAUUGCAAAUAGCCUUCCAAUCUAGUUAAUCCCCUUUCAUAUACAAAAAAUAUAGAAUCUUGAAGUACCUAUGUAAUAAAAAAUAGGUCCAAGCAAUAAGCGGCUACUCUUCCAUUUUUAUUUUAUCCGAAAAAAAACACCUUUAAUACUUUGCUAUCACUUAUAUCUAGUCAAUAGAAAAAUGAUAAUCACUUAUGACUACUAUUCUCAUUUGGGAUAUCUGAGACGAUGCGAUGCCUAUGUAAGUAGGUACCUACCUACUUAGGAUUUUUUUUUUUGUUAUGCAUUUUAUGGAAGCAGGUUUUGGGAGUUCGGACUUGAACUUAUUGGAUACCUACCGCUUUGUAUUUCAAAUUUGAGAGCCUCUUGUAGAGGGUAAACAGUAACAUCCCUGAAAUGAUAAAUACGCAAAUUGCAAAAUUUUGGUUUUUUUUUCCGGGAUAUCACCAAAAAUAUUUGGAAUUCUUCCAAAUAUUGAAAUUAGGUCACAUUUUCCAAAAUGCCAAUUUUAAAUGGUGAUAAAUGAAAUUGAAUUAAUUAACUGGUAUAAUCAAAAGUAAUCAAUCUACUUUCUAAAUUUAGUAAAAUAUUUUAUUUUUUUUGGUGUUAAUGUGUAUGUAAUAUUUCAAAAAUUUAACUUUCGAAAUUCUGUUGUCAAUAGCGUAACCAUUACUUUAAAAUUUAAGGUUUUACUUAUCUGUAGCUUUCUAGCCUUAUUCUGUUAUUGAUAUCUAACUUAAUACUUGAGUUUUUGUAAAUGUUGCAUAUUGUUUCAAAAUAAAUAUCUAUCUACAUAA